AUAUGGAUGCCCCUUGCCUUUUUCAAUCUCUUUAUGACAAUGUCUUUUAGGCAGAAAAAGAAAGUAAAUAUUUGUAUAACCAAAAGGAUUAGUCCUGCUUUAGCUAAAAGAAUGGUAAAUUUGGUUGGCAAGGGAGAGUACACCUAUUCUUUGUAAAUUAGAGUUGGAUUCUUAUAUGGGGGACUCUGAAAGUUUAUUUUUGAAUGUAAUAGGCCGAGGAGAUUGUGCCUUAAAAUCACCCAAAAAGGAAAUAUUGAUGUGCCAAUUUCCGGAAAAGAAAUAACAACAAUGAAAUGUUAACUUCUAAAUACCCUUAUCAAAUAAUAGAAUAUAAAAGAAAAGUACAUUUUUGCAUAUGAGAUGUGGAAAGUCAUCAUACAAAGGUUUAGUUGAGUCUGUCUUUGUCUCUUCUACUUCAGCUCUUAUUCUUGAAUUUAUUCCCUCGUUUCCAUAACAAAGAAAGUUUUAUUCAUAUUUUAUAGUAUAAACUAAUGCAAAAUCUCUUCUAAAGCUGAUGUCAAUUCCUUUGUCAUUAUGUAUCAAUCCGCGUUUCAACUUCUCUCUCUCUGUCAUUAAUUCCCUUAUUAUUUAUUAUUAAUGUUCCUCCUUAAGUAUUCAAGAUUCCAUUUCUUUCGGGGUGUUGUUGGCUACCUGGCAAGUAAGUUUCCAUGGGACAGAAAAGCAAAAAACUUUCUGAUGAAUAUGAAGUCUCGGAUAUUCUUGGAAGAGGUGGAUUCUCAGUUGUAAGACGGGGUAUAAGAAAGUCUACUACUGGAGAAACAAAUCAUGUAGCUAUCAAGACACUCAGAAGAUUAGGUUCAUCAGGAAUUCCUGGCAGCAACUUUCCGACAUGGAAGCAGGUUUCCGUAUCCGAUGCAUUGCUAACAAACGAGAUCUUGGUUAUGAGAAAGAUUGUAGAAUAUGUAUCACCUCAUCCCAACGUUAUUGACCUUUAUGAUGUCUAUGAGGAUCAAAAUGGCGUGCACCUUGUGCUAGAACUUUGUUCUGGAGGUGAGCUUUUUGAUCGGAUUGUAGCUCGGGACAGGUACUCAGAGCGAGAAGCUGCAGCCGUAAUUAGGCAGAUUGCACGAGGAUUAGGGGCGAUUCACCAGGCUAAUAUCAUCCAUAGGGACUUGAAGCCGGAAAACUGUCUUUUCUUGAAUGAAAAAGAUGAUUCUACUUUGAAGAUCAUGGACUUUGGAUUGAGUUCAGCAGAGGAGUUCACCGAUCCAGUUGUCGGAUUGUUUGGCUCCAUCGAUUAUGUCUCACCAGAGGCUCUUUCUCAGGGAAGAAUCAGUUCCAAAAGUGACAUGUGGUCUGUGGGAAUAAUCUUGUAUAUUCUGCUCUCUGGGUAUCCACCAUUCAUUGCUCAGUCAAAUCGGCAGAAGCAACAGAUGAUCAUGGCCGGUGAUUUUAGUUUCUAUGAGAAAACUUGGAAAAAUAUUACUUCAUCAGCAAAGCAAUUGAUUGCUGAUCUCCUACAAGUUGAUCCUCAAAGGAGGCCGAGUGCUCAAGAUGUUCUCAGUCAUCCAUGGGUGAUAGGUGAUUCCGCCAAAGAGGAACAGAUGGACCCUGAGAUUGUUUCAAGACUGCAGAGUUUUAAUGCCCGUAGAAAACUCCGUGCUGCAGCAAUAGCCAGUGUAUGGAGUAGCACAAUUUUUUUGAGAACCAAGAAGCUAAAAUCUUUACUGGGCACACACGACCUUAAAGAAGAUGAAAUUGAGAAACUCAGAGUACACUUUACAAAACUAUGCGCCAAAGGUGACAAUGCCAUCCUGUCCGAAUUUGAGGAGGUCCUGAAGGCAAUGAACAUGUCAUCGCUGAUCCCUCUUGCACCUCGCAUCUUUGAUCUAUUCGACAACAACCGGGAUGGAACAGUUGACAUGAGAGAGAUACUUUGCGGGUUCUCUAGUCUUAGGAACUCUCAAGGAGAUGACGCUCUUCAUCUGUGUUUCCAGAUGUAUGAUACAGAUAGAUCCGGAUGCAUCACCAAGGAAGAAGUAGCAUCCCUGCUCAGAGCUUUGCCUGAAGACUGCCUUCCAGCAGAUAUCGCAGAACCUGGAAAACUAGAUGAAAUAUUUGAUCGCAUGGAUGCCAACAGUGAUGGCAAAGUCACCUUCGAUGAGUUCAAAGCUGCUAUGCAGAGAGACAGCUCCCUGCAGGAUGCACUCCUAUCCUCACUUCGUCAACAAUAAUUUUCUCAAAUUCUACUUAUGCUUUUGCUAUUGCUUUUCUUAAGUUUUCCUUGACCAUUCAUGUUAUGGGCAAUAGAAACUAUGAUAGAAUGCGUACUAA